AUGUGGUUUCCGACGCCUUCUGCCGAGAGCCUGACAAGGCCGCGGGUCGCUGUCGCUGUCGUUUCAGCAUUGGCAGCCAUCUCGGCAGGCUACUAUGCCUACCACAGCAGCUCGCCCAAUUUCGUCCUCGAGCUGCCCGAUGGGACGCUUCAUCGAAGCAACGCGGUGCGCAGAACUCGCCACCGCUCCCGACAAUCAGAAACCGUCUCGAGCUCUUCCUCGGAUGUCGCCGGUGAUGAGAAUGCAGAAAACGCCCAAGUACCGCCGUCACAGCCGACACAGGCCCCAGCUGAAGGCGAGGCUGCUGCAGAGGAGAAUAAUGACGACGAGUGGUGGAACGAUCCUAACCAACUGCCUCCCCAGAGAGCAGGCCAUAACAUUGUCAGCCUAUUGUUUCGUGUGUCAGAGGAUAAUGCGCGUCGGAAUGGUUGCGUUCAUCGGGGAUGCCAGUGUAACGCCUGUGGCAUGGUCCCCAUUCGCGGAAUCCGCUACCGCUGUGCAAACUGCGCCGACUUUGAUCUUUGCGAAACCUGCGAGUCGCAAGGUAGUCAUAUCAAGACGCACAUCUUCUACAAAAUUCGCAUUCCGGUACCACCGUUUGGUCACAGACAGAUGCAGCCGGUCUGGUACACUGGGGACCCGGAGUCUUGUCGUCGUGCUGUGCCUAGAGGAAUCAUGGCGAGACUAUCCAAAGAAACUGGGUUUGAGCGGCCGGAACUCGAGGCAUUCUGGGAGCAAUGGACCUUUAUGGCCAACACGGAAUGGAGAGAUGACCCAGAUCAAUUCUGCAUUGCCAUGGAUCGCAAGACAUUUGAACGGUGUCUCGUACCUACUGGUGCUUCUGCCUAUGCGGAGCCCAAUCUGAUACACGACCGCAUGUUUGCAUUCUACGAUUCAAACAACGAUGACCUUAUCGGCUUCUCCGAAUUUCUGCACGGUCUCUCCUAUCGCCGAAGAAAAGACAAGCUGCAGACUGUCUUUGAUGGCUACGACAUAGAUGGCGAUGGCUAUGUGAACCGUCGAGACUUUUUGCGCAUGUUCAAAGCGUACUAUGUUCUAUACAAGCAAAUGCAUAGAGAUAUACUGGACGGUCUCGAAAACCAAUUGCUGUCGACCACCGAGGCACAACAGCUCGUUAGUGGCCGACAACCACUCAGCAGUCUCUUUGGCCGUGAGGAACGAGUACCACAAGCUGAUUCGAAUUUGCGCUUCGAGGGCAAAACAUACCAUCCUGAUGGCCAUGUCAGGGUGGAAAAGGACAAGGAGGCUGCUUUUGUCGAGAACGAAACUGAUACUGCUCCUCGGAGAGAUAUCCUGACAAGCCUUUUUGCCUGUGAAACAGAUAAAAGAGCCAGAAGACGACUGGUCAUUGGUCAUGACGGUGACGGUAACUGGAGAACGGCUCGUCGAGCCAGCGGUGCCGACGCUGACGGCAACUACUGGCUUACAAUGCUUGACCCGCCAAACAAUCUAGAGCAGUUCUCUGAUGUUUUGCUCGGCAACAGCAAUGGCGCUGACGAAGAGACUGCGCAACGAGACUCUGCCGACGAAGACGAAGGCAAUGCCGUGGACGAACAAGGACGUGAAUCGAACGAUCCCGAAGCCCGCCCGCCGACAGAAAGCGAGGCCCGUGCCAGAGCGAUUGAAAGAAGCCGAAGACAAGCCCCUGCGCUGGAAAAGAAGAGGCAUGACAUGGCCAGGCGUAAAAUCCAUGACCGAUGGAGGCGUCGACAAUUUUACCUCGAUGAAGAGGAGGGCGGUGCCGCUCCAGACGACUGGAGCGAUGGCGAAGACAUCCUUGCGAAAGCGGAGCAAGCAGAUCGGCAAGAGAAGAGACGGAAAGAGAGGCGAAGAAAGGACACACGAGCUUCAGUUGAGUCAGAUACUAGCUCCGACGACUUCCCAUUUCAUAUCAGGCGGGAUGACCCGUCCUAUAGACAUGGGCUUGCGGAGAAUGACGCCGGAAAGGAAAUCCUAUACCAAGUGACGCAACAGGCAUUCAAUGAGCUGCUGGAUGUCAUCUUUAAACCAGCUGAAGAUCUUGCUUUGCAGGCUGCCGAGACUAGGCUCGAUCGCGCAGCCUACACAGAUCUCAUUAACGAAGUGGAUCUCUCUGAUGCGGACACCGAAACAGAAGGUGAAGACGGUACUAAGAAGACGGAUGCCGACAAGCCAUCGGGUGACAGGCCCAGCAGUGAGAAGUGCCUCGAGGAGUUAUUAGUUGACAGCGGGUAUAUGGUGGAGCCGUCAGAGCCUCGCAACGCGGUCGAGUUGGAGACGGGAACCAGAUUUGCAGAGACGCUCGGUGCGGAAGAGGACGCCGGAAAUCUCGUCGCAACGUCGAAUGUCACAGAGUACCGUGACCCUACGUUGCCCCAGCAUCGACCCAACAGUACGGUCGAAGCGGUGAAUGUAGCUCCCUCGGCUGCAGCGUCCGAGGCUCACGAACCCCCUGAGACCAAGCAGAACCAGGCGUGGAACCCCCCGCGUAAGACUCUCCGGGAAUGGAAGCGACUGAAUCUGGCUGAAGUGCAGGCCGAGGCCAGAGGCGGCUGGGGCAAGCUGAAUUUUGAAGAAUUCGAGGAAAUCUACAAGUCGCAAGAGACGCAAGGUAAUAGACUGGACUACCUGGGCAGCUGGAUUGACUUUUGCAUCCCUUAG